GGUCGUAAUGUAAUCAUUGUCUAUGAAGUAUCUAUUUCCUUCUUUAGUCUAUGGAUAAGUACUCGAGUUUAGCCGAUUUGAGAUUUUUCGGAAUUUUCGUUGUUGUGCGGUGCCUUAUGUGAAAUAAUAAAGGGAAUUUAAGAAUUAUUUUCCUAAUAAAAAUUCACUGAGCAAAACUUGAAAAAAUGGAAGGUGAUAAAUCGGAUACUCCUAAGACAUAUUCUGGAAUACCAGAGGCAGUAUUUGUUGAUAAUGUAGAUGAGUUUAUGAGCAAGCCUGAAAAUGCUGGUGGUGUGGACGUAGUUUUGAAGAGUCUUGAUGAGCAACAUGCAAAAUACAAACACAUGGAAAUGUCACUGGCAACUAAAAGAAGGCGACUUAGGCAACAGAUACCAGACCUGGCUCGUUCGUUGGAAAUGAUUGAAAAGCUUAAAACUCAAAAAGAGGAAAUGCAAACAGAGUUUCUGCUUAGUGAUCAAGUAUUUGUUAAGGCAAAUGUACCACCAACUGAAAAAGUAUACUUGUGGCUCGGUGCAAAUGUAAUGUUAGAAUAUACACUAGAAGAUGCUGAGAAACUACUAUCAUCAAAUAUGGCUACUGCUAAGAAGAAUCUAGCUUGUGUUGAGCAUGAUUUAGAUUUCUUAAGAGACCAGUGGACAACAACAGAAGUAAAUAUGGCAAGAGUUUACAAUUGGGAUGUGAAGAGGCGCCAGGCUGCCAAAGCAUCUAGCUAAUUAAUGUUUUACAAUAACAACAUUACACCUACAGCAUUUUGCACUCUAUAAUUUAUAUUAUAAUGUAUUAAAUUUCUGAUAUCUUUUAAAUGUUUCUGUUGAAAGGCCAGUCAUACUGUCUUCCUAUUUGGCUAUUGAAUGAAAAAAUAAAAACUAAUAUUUAGGGUAGUGCUGCUUUUUAAUUUUGAAUAAUUUUGCUGUAUAUUACAAAGAAGCAAAUAUUUAUGGGAAACCUAAAUAAGAUAUUUUUGUAUAUGUAUAAUGAAUAACAAGUUUAUUUGAAGUUCUCAAGAAUUUGUGUGUUUCUCCUUGUUUGUUAAAAUAUAUUUCCCAUUAUUGGACACUAAAAACAAAGAUGUUUUUGAACAAAAUAUGUCCAAAAUUAUGUACUAUUUAGUUGCUAGGCUGUUCAACAAUAUUUUGCUGUGCUAAAUAUUACUUUUUUGAGAAUGCAUACAAUGCUUAUUGCUUUAGGUUUUCCCCAUGAUUGGGCUCGUUUUAUUACGCAAAGGUUAACAAAACUGUUGAGAGUAAAUAUUAGACAGUGAACUCACAGCUGUUCAAUAAGCAAUUUAAGUUAAUUAAACACGCAUGUACAUAAAACAUCGAUUAGAUUACUUCUAAAUAAAAAAAUAACUGCUUUUAAAA